ACAAUCUUUAAUAGUGGCUUCUACUAAUUUUUUUCAUUUUCAUAUUGUUAUUGUUGUUGAAAUUUUUAGAAAAUAAACGUCGGCCGGCAAAUCGAAUCCCACGAAUAGUUCGAUUAAGUUAAGGAUCCUAUGGGAACAAAAUGUCUGGGUCGAUCUUUGUUCAUCACGGUCAUAUAUAAUAUUAUUAGAGAACGUCGAGGUGUAACCGAUUGGCAAAGCUUUUUUAGGUUCAUUAGGUGAAGGAACGGAUUGUAUUUAUAUUGUUAGGACCGUUUAAGCGAUCAGGUAGCCAAACUAGACCUAUUUAUUUAUGCAUGACUGUUUGGCUUAAGAAAAUGUCCGGAAUCUGUACUAGACGUUAAAAGCUGUCUUAUUUGAAAUGAGGAAAUGCAAUCGUAGAUAGCUUUCUCUUAUUUUCCUAUCUAUUUUUCGUAGGGAGAAUUAUUGCAUUUUCUUGACCUUGUUCGGCGCCUUGGGCUGUGGCUUGAACACAAGAUUACAAGACAAUAAUAAAAAAUUUGUCUACCUCAAAUUCUACCGGAUGUUGCAUACAUCCGCACAACCUUAACAUGUGCUUGUAUCGCAAGUUGUGUAAUGGAAUAGACCUGUUCACUUCCUAUUCUCUUCUGAAUACUUGCCGCAUCAGAAAGAGCUGCGAAUAAAUAUGCAAAUCAACUUUUCGCUAUAACAUCAGCACUUAUUCACAUUAUUACUAACAUCAACACCCAUUGAAGUUGUCCUUGGAUUCUAGUGGCAACGAAUAGUGCUAUUGAGUGUGAAUUGUACAGUUAGAGAAAAGAACAUAUUGGGGUUAACUUUGGGCGGAUAAGUUUCUUCUAAGUGACAAAAAAUUAAACUAUUGUGGAAAUUAUCUCACAUUUUUCUGCCCGAACUUGUUGUUUAGUCUAAUGCGUCAGUUCAGGUUCCGUACAGCUGAUCCUUUUCAUAUUGCAAGUCGAUGGUUUUCACUCGUACUAUAAUACGGCGGAUCAGGUUGUAUAUAUCGACAAACACAAUGCGUUUUAAGUUUACGACAAACCAAGAGAAAGCUUGAAUAUCGAAAAAUGGUUUUUUUUUUUCUUUCUUUUUUUUUUUCAAUAUGACCAAUCAUUCAGGGGAUGCACUGUGUAUAUGAAGAGCAACGAUGGUCGGAAAGAAAUGAGAAAAUUGCAAUCGGUAAGUGUUAUGUCGUUACCGGCUAUGCACUCAAUGUAAUUACAACCAAGUAUAAUCAAACCGCACUGAGAUUUGAAUCCGCGAGCAUGGCAGCCGCGACCCAGGUUCACUCGACUAUGCGACAGACCAUUAUAGAUAUAUAGAGUAGAGGGCAUGACAAUUAAAUAAGAAAAUAGAAAAGAAACGCUUAGCCUAUCAUAUCGAUUCGUUGUUUCGUUUGCUUUACACAUCUGGCAAUUUUUCGGAUUGCAUUAAAUUUGUUUAAUAUUCUUACGUUGGAAUGUCGUUGAGAUCGUUUCUUUUUUUUCGUUUGUUGUGCUGCACUCGUUUUAAAUUUAAAGGCAAAUUUUCGCACAUUUUGUAAAUAAGAAAAAAGCCUAGAAUUAUUUUUCAAAUUUAAGCUUUUUGAAAUAUUUCACUGUAAAAGCCUAACAAGCACUUUUUAGCUUCUAUUUACAUAAAAAUUCACUUCGAUCACUUUAGAUGUUAAAUUAAACAGCAACGAAAGUGCUAACAUUAUUGAAGUCUUAAAGUUAUUUUUUUUUUAUAAACUUCUAUAAAAUACUUAUAACAAAUUCAACGAAAAUAAAAACUUGUGUAUGACGGUGCUGGAAUUUGGCUGGUGCCAAUGGCUUUCAGUUUAUUAUGAUGGAGACAUUUCUUGUCCUGGGUCUAUGUUUUAUACUAUACGAAGCGUUGGAUUUCUUUCAAGGAUGCAUACAUAGUGCCACACCUUCCGCUAGCGAUCAAAUUGACGCUUAUCGUCGUCAACUUGACGAGCAACGUCAAAAGCAACAAGAAGAACAAUUUUUGGCAAAUCUUACGCCAUUGCUUAGCGCACAAUUGGCUGCAGCUGGUUUUACAUUUUCCACGUCAACCAAUUCGACGGUAUCGACUGCUAGCGUUAUAAGUGACCUAAAAUUGCAAAUUGCACAACGAGUUGAAGGUGAAUCUCAUUCAGUUAGUACACCGGCUCUAAAUGGUGCAGGCGGUACGUUUAGGCCCGUUUACAAUUCCAUCUAUGAAACUCAACUCUUACAGGGAUCAUCUUCUCUACCCAGGGACUAUUACUAUCUGCAACAACAGCAGUUAAAAAAUAAGACAUCUUCGAAAUCGAUACUAUCGCGAUUCUCCUCAAAUUCAGAUAAUCGUAUAUAUCCAGAAAAUUCUGCUUUGCCAAGUCUAUCUACGGGCGUUAUAACGACUCAGCCUACUUUACAAAAUUGUCGCCCCACUUUAGAUACCGAAACUCCCAUCAUAACAGUACCACCAACAUCUUCGGUAUUGGCUGUCGAAUUAAAGAGAGCUAUAAUAAGCAAUAAUAACAACAAUAGUUGUAGCAAAGAUUCGAAAUCGUCAACUCAUCACAAAUCGAAUCAAUCAUUAAAUUCUCAAAUUCACGACUCCUCGACCUCAUCGGAAGAAGACGAAGACGCUGACACAAGUGAUUCCGAUUCUUCAACAGCUGGUUCAGCUUCGCUGAACUCCGGUGCCUUUAGCUCGGAUCACGACUUAGCCGAUGAACGUACUUUCCCCUUGGGCUCGUGUUCAUCCUCAUCUCAUACCGAUUUUCGUGAAAUCGAAUGCGAACGCAUGCGGCGUCAAUGUGGAGGCACGACCGAAACAACAAACCGCUAUUGAAGAUAAGUCAAUUUUGUUUUUUUUUUUUUUCGGUAAAUUCUGUAAAUAUUGCAAAAUGAAUCAAAAAAAAUUGUAAAC